UAGACAGAUAUUACUCAUAGGGAAUACAACUGUCAGGGGACAAAUCAGCAUUAGCUCACCAGCUUAUAACACAAUGAAUGGUUGCCAUUGUUCCAUUUACCAAGCACUGAUCACCAUAGUUUCUACUGUCUCAUCCCUAAACAUCAAUGAUCAUAAUAGUUUCCAAUAAAUAGUCACUGAUCACCGUAUUUCUCCAUGACUAAUGAUGAAACAUUGUUGCUAAGGACUCAUCACUAAUCAUGAUCAAUGUAGGUCCCAAAGACUAUUUACUAUACAUAAUUGAUCAUUAUAGUUCCCAGUGACUAAUCACUGAUCACCAAUGUUUCCAAUGACUGAUUAAUUAUCACCAUUGUUCCCAGUAACUUGUCAGUGAUCACAGUUCUCUUUCAAUCACUAAUCCCACUUGUUCAAAAUGACUAACCACUGAUCAAUAUGGUUUCCAGUAACUAAUCACUGGUCCCCAACUGUUCUUAUACAAUGACUAAUCAUUGAUUACCAUAGUUUCCAAUGACAUCUAUGAUCACGGAUCUCCGUUGUUUUAAAUGACUAAUACCUGAUCACCAUUGUCCUUUCCCAGUGACUGAUCAUCGAUCUCUAUUGUUCUUAUCCAAUGACGAUUCGGUGAUUACCCUAGUUUCCCAUGACUAAUCUCUGAUCACUGUUCUUUCCUAAUAAUUAAUCACCAAUCACCAUUGUUCUAAAUGUCUAAUCACCAAUCACCAUUGUUCUAAAUGUCUAAUCACCAAUCAUCAUUGUUCUAAAUGUCUAAUCACCGAUCACAAUUGUUCUAAAUGUCUAAUCACCGAUCACAAUUGUUCUAAAUGUCUAAUCACCAAUCACCAUUGUUCUAAACGUCUAAUCACCAAUCACAAUUGUUCUAAAUGUCUAAUCACCAAUAACUAUUGUUCUUUCAUAAUGACUAAUCCUUGAUCCCCAUCUUUCCCAACUACUGAUCACUGUUGUUCCCAAUGACUAUUACUUAUUAGUAGUUCUAAUAAAUAGUCACUGAUGACUAAUCACUUAAGUACUCAUACAAAAAAGUUUAAUUGUGUUGUUCACAUGAAUAUGACGUCAUGCCCCGAAUAGAAAAGUCCCCAGACCACGUCGGGCCCAGACAUGCAUGAUGCUUAUGACUGUAUAAUUUUACAUCUGUGUUUGUAUUGUGUUUAAAUGAUCGGUUAUUCUUUCAAUCGUCUCAUCUUUAUUCGUCUUUCAUCACCUUUUAUUUCAGUAUUUACGGUAAGCUGUAUAUAAACCGGAAGUAGACAGUCGCGCUGCUGUAGAGAUUGAGAGAGGGGGGUGGAGUCACUUGAUUGUUGUUCCUGUAUUAAUAUUCUAUAAUUAAAGGCUCGGAACUGAGGUUCGGGUGUAUGAGAGGCUGCAGAACCGAAAAGGGACGAUGCUGUCGGAGGAAACCAGUGGCAGCGUUUCAUUCCACAGCCGGCUGGCGUCGGUCAUGGCCGUGCUGGCACAGUCUGCUGUGGCCGAAGUCAGCAAGCUGUACGAUGACGGACUGCUGGUGCUGCGCCUGGAGGUGUGCCGCAAAGACUCCGAGAUCGAGGCGCUGAAGAGGAAACUGGAGACGCUCGAAAACGAGUUGCGGUUGGUCAAAGAGUCUCAGCGCUCAGAGACCUCCAACCUGCCCCUCCACCUGCCCCCCAGCCUGCCUCCUACUCCCUGUUCACACAGGCAAGACCGUGUAGAACGAGCCGCGCAGACGAACGAGCAUCUUUCUUGGAAAUGUCAACCCGCCACCGACGCGUUCGACAGAAAGGAAAACAAUCCUGCUGAGGAAAUGCGUUCACAGGAGAUUCUUCGAAAGGAAUCCGCCCCCUCUUUGACAGAGCCACGAGCAUCCAUGGAGGAUCUGAACCAGCCACAAUUGUGUGAGGAAGAAUUUGGACCAGAGUUUGAGGAAAAGACAGAGCAGGAGAAACAGGAGGUUACUGUAGACGAGGGCAACGUAGAGUGUGUUGUGAUCGAGGACAGAGAAACGCAGCCGUGGCCUUCUAUAGAGAACGGAGAAGAAAAUGCAGAGGAACCGGAGUGCUCGAUUGUAACGGAGCAAGACGGACAUUUGCUGAUCUCGUCCGUAUGGAGUGUCGGUGGUACAUCCAUUCCUGUGGGUGAUGUUACUAUGAUAGACAGAGUCAGUGUGGAAGAAGUGAGACAGCAGAGGAUGCAGCAGGAGCAGUCCAGGAGCGAAGACGGAUUAACAGACCUGAACCCGUUGCGACAGUUACAGCACGGAACAAACGCAGAGGUCCAGCCCAGGCUCUUGCUCCAAUCACAAACUCAAGAGCACGUCACACCCUUAAACAGCAGCACGAACCAAAUGCAGGGCCACGAAGAUUUCUCGCUAAAUAACAUCUCUAUAGCCAGGUUCCCUCCGACCAGAAAGCCAUUGAGAGAGAAAUGGUUCAUGUGUUCGUUCUGUGGGAAAAGCUUCGACCGCAUCAGCCAUCUUCAGAUGCACCACAGGACUCACACUGGAGAGAAACCGUUCCACUGUGCCAUGUGCGGGAAGAGUUUCUCUCAGCAAAGUAACUUACGCACACAUCAGAAAACGCACAAAGACCUCAGGACACCAAGUAAAACGUUUUGAAAACUAGAAUGUUUGUGUUUCUUUUGCUCAUUUUAUUACUACAAUAAACAAAAAGUUGGGAACACGUAA